CAUGGCAGAAAACCUUAUGGAGGAUAUUAUCAUCGACAUACUGUGGAGGCUACCGGUCAAGUCCUUGAUGCGAUUCAAGUGCAAAAGCAAGCAAUGGCGGUCUCUGAUUUCUGACCAGCACUUUGCGAGAUUGCACCUGCAAAGGCUCAUCUUGGAGAACAUAGCCCCGAGCCGGAAAAUUAUCAAAAGCAACCCGCUCCAAACCAUAGGCUAUGAAGCACUCGACAACGAUGAGGUCAAUGAUCAUGCGGUAGUAGAGUAUCAUGACUUGGGAAGGGAUGAACGGCUUGCAGGGUCGUGCCAUGGCUUGAUGAGUUUGGCUAUCGGUGAUGGAUUUCUCGUAACUAGUUUCGAGGCUUGGAUCAUGAACGAAUAUGGGAAAAGGGAAUCUUGGACAAGAUCGUUCAGUGUCCUGAUCGACGGAUUACUUACUUGUCAACUUUAUACUAUCCCGUCAGCCUACACCCGGAGUGGAAAAAUUGUUUUCCAGAUCGAUGUGUCGGAGAUGAUAUUGUUCAAUCCGGAGGAUGGUACUUACAAUAAUUACCCCAUUGACAAGGGUCAUAAUGUUGAGUCCGCUAUCUACGUGGAAACUCUUGUUUCGCCCUAUGUUGGCCAUGAGCAAAUGAAGGUACAAGCAUUACGUUUGCUGGUUUAGUGCAUUAUGUUUAGUACACAUAAUGCCCCAAAGAGUUCUCAUAGCCAUGUAUCUUUCUGGUUCGCAAGUCGUAUUUGAAUUUGAUUCCACUGUCUC